CAGAUAAUGCAGACGAUCAGCUGAUCGUAGAGUGUACGCGUUCUCGUAUUAUACGAAACCAAAUUUCAAUAUCUUAUUGUUUACAAAUCCGUUUUAAAAUCAGUGAAAAUGAGUGUUUCCAAGGUUGAAAACAGUGAAUACAAUGAUUAUCGUAGUCCCUUGGCUACUAGAUAUGCGUCGAAAGAAAUGCGUUACAACUUCAGUGAUCAAAAUAAGUUCAGCACGUGGCGAAAACUAUGGGUCUACUUGGCCAAGGCGGAAAUGGAGCUUGGAUUGGCCAUCACUUCAGAACAGAUCGCUGAAAUGGAGGCUCAGGUUAAUAAUAUUGAUUUCGAGGCUGCUGCAAAAGAAGAAAAGGCAACGAGGCACGAUGUAAUGGCCCAUGUUCACGUUUUUGGGAAUCAAUGCCCAAAAGCAGCUCCCAUAAUCCACCUAGGUGCUACCAGUUGCUAUGUUGGUGAUAACACGGAUCUGAUUAUCCUUCGACAAGGUUUCAACAUACUAUUACCAAAAUUGGCGAACGUAUUGUCACGUCUCGCAAAAUUCGCCAUGGAGUAUCGCGAUUUACCGACUCUAGGAUUCACCCAUCUUCAACCAGCACAAUUAACCACCGUUGGAAAACGAGCCACACUUUGGUUGCAUGAUCUUUUAAUGGACGAAAGAGCAAUUCGUCGUGCUCGGGAUGAUCUAAAAUUUCGAGGAGUGAAGGGUACCACUGGCACUCAAGCUUCUUUCCUUCAAUUAUUUAAUGGUGAUGGAUUUAAAGUGAAGCAAUUAGAUCGUUUGGUAACCAGAAUGGCUGGUUUUGAGAAGCACUAUCCUGUAACUGGACAAACUUACAGUAGGAAAGUCGAUGUAGAAUGUUUAAAUGCUCUAAGUUCCUUAGGCUCUACUGUUCAUAAAAUAUGCAGCGACAUAAGACUUCUGGCUAACAUGAAAGAGAUAGAGGAACCAUUUGAAAGCACUCAAAUUGGAUCGAGUGCAAUGCCAUAUAAAAGGAAUCCGAUGCGUUCAGAAAGAUGUUGCAGCAUAGCAAGACACUUAAUGACAUUGGCUAAUAAUGCAUUGCAAACCGCUGCAACUCAGUGGAUGGAAAGAACUCUGGACGACUCAGCGAACAGAAGAAUCACCUUGUCAGAAGCGUUCUUAUCAGCUGAUGUUAUACUAAUGACACUUCAGAAUAUCACCGAGGGCCUUGUUGUGUAUCCUAAGGUCAUUGCCAGACAUGUGGCUCAAGAGUUACCUUUCAUGACCGCGGAAAAUAUAAUAAUGGCUAUGGUGAAAGCUGGAGGUGACAGACAGGUUUGCCACGAGAAAAUAAGAGUGCUUUCCCAAGAAGCUGGUGCACAGGUGAAGCAACACGGUCUCGACAACGAUUUAGUCGAAAGAAUCAGGAAAGACCCUUACUUCAAACCAAUUCUAAAUCAACUGAAGGAACUUCUAGAUCCACGAACCUUCGUUGGCAGAGCACCUGAACAAGUGACCGAAUUUUUGCAAGAGGAAGUUUACCCUGUGCUCACAAAUUACAAAGAACUCUUAGGCGGAACCGUAGAACUAAACAUUUGAUUAAACAUUUCAUCGAUACAAAUAUUCAUCUCGGGAUUGCAGGAAAGGGACUUUGUUAAAAGAAUUCUUUACAAUUUAUGUAUGAUAGAUUUUUCAAGUUCUCUGUUGUUUUUUUUUUUUUGUUCAUUUCUUUCAAGCAAAAUAGCUUGAUGCGUACAGGAUUGUUAUUAUCGUGAAUAUUAGAAAAAUAAAUGAGUUGAAUAAACGAAAGGCAUACUGUUUGUAACUGGGUCGAACGUUUUAUUUUUCUCUAUCAAUACCUAUAUUCUUCUUUUUGAAUUUCAUUGAUUACUUCUCGACAACGUAACUGCUGUGAUAGCGAAACGAGAAAUGAUGUUUUCUUUUGAGAAGCUUUUGAAUUUUAUUUACAUUUAGACAUAAGGUAGAAGAGAAGUAGACAGAUAAAAUAGAAAGGUAGAAUAGCAUUUGUAAAAAGAAAGACAGAGAUACAAAAGCCGAUCGUUUAUUAUAAUCAGAUAGUUGAAAAAUAUGUAGUAAGUAACUAUUGCUUAACUUUCGGACAGCGGACCAUGGAGAGAGCUCGUGAUGAACAAACUAAUUAUCUAUUUUACGUCUAAAUUAAAAUUCGAAGAAUCUUGCAGAAGUUUUCUGAGAAUAAUAAACAUUGCAAAGGGUUAAAAUUGAUCAAGCAAUGGUUACAAAUUACAGGACAGAUCUAAAGUAAUAACUGAAUAUUUCAAUUACAAAAUAUAGAACAAAGAUGAUAGCGGAAUUGAAAUAUGUUUAUAGCACUCGAGGAUCACAGCAUGAAGAAAAUUUCAUAGUGAAUUUUUCAUAGAGUAGGUUCGACAGGUGGGAAGAUUAGACUAGAAAUGAGAGAAGAUUGAAAGGAAACAUGGUUUCCAAGUCGAAAGUGACUCAAAAUAUAUUCCACAACGAAUUCUUUUUCAUUGCUGAAAGUGUGGCUGCAUUCGACUAAUUCUUCCAGUGUAUGUAAAAAAAUAUAUAUAUAAAUCUGUAGAGUCGUUAAAGUUUAUUAACCCUCGAACAAUUUAAAAUUAAUUUUAGACUCUUAGAAAAUUAAUUUUCUGAAUUGAGGAUUAUUCCUUUGGACAUUGCUUUUUCAAUACAUGAAAUGAUGUAUUUAAAAAUAAGGUGUUCGAGGGUUAAAUGAAUAAAAAGAGUGAUGAAAGAAAGAAAAGGAUUGGAAAUAGAAAAACUUUGAGAAACAGAGAAUGAAAGAGAGAUGAGAGAAUGUUGAAGAAAGUUUCAAAGAUACAGAAAUAGAGAGACAUAGGUAUAAUAAAAGAAUUACUUAAAGAAAGAGGAUAUCUUAUAGAGUACAAUGCACAGCAUUAUUGGAGCAUUCGAUUUCAUAGGUGUAUAAUUAAACAGAUAACAGGACUAGAAGAGACAUCGCGUAUAAGCGACAAAUAUGUAACGAAUUUAUAGUAAAAUUUCAAUGUUGAGGCAAAAGGUUGUUCAUAGCAGAGAAGAGAGCAAAAGAGAUAGAGAGAAAAUUAUAGAAGAUAGAUGUUGUUUCUUGUUUACCAGAAAAAAAUAAAAUUGAAAAUUGAAAAAUGUACAGAAAUGAAGAAAAUCGAUUAAAAGUAUACGAAGAAGAAAAAAAUAAUUGAAAGCUGAAAAAUGUAGAAAAUGAAAAGACACAGAAUUUACAGAAAACUUGAGCAAAAGGAAAAAGUCAUAGAAGAACUGAAAGAAGAAAUAAAAUUUUAAGCAAAGUUUAAAUACACGGAUAGAAAAGAAAAUUAUAUUACACAGUAAAUUUCUGAAUAUAAAAGGAAAUUAGAAGAUUUGAAACAGAGUGAAUGAAAAAUGUAGAUAUAGAAAAAGAAAGAGAACAGUAAAACAGAAUGUGCAACUGUACAAGCAUAUGGAAAUAAGAAAUAAAAUAGAUGAAGAGUAGAAUAAACAAGAAUUUCGGUGCACAAAUAAUAAAAAGAUAGAAGAAGAGAAAGAAAAUAGAGAAACUUGAAGAAGAGAAGAAAAAUAAUAGAACAAAAAGAAAGUCAGAAUAGUUUUGAUUAUAAGAAAAUUAGAUCACAAGAUAGAAGAAUCAUAACACCACAGAAAACAAAUAAAACAGAAAUUAAAGUAAGAAGAAUAAAAUAUCGCGUAGAAAUUCAUAUAAAUUUCAAUUUUCAGGUACUUCAGUAUGUUUACGUUCGCAUCAAUGGCAAAUAGAAGAAGAUAGCAAGAAAUAGAAAUAUAAAGAGAUAGCAAAAGAAAGAAGGAAAUUGCAGAGAAAGUUUGUAAUCGGAAGAAUAAGAUAAGAAAAGAAAUUAAACCAAUGAAAAUAGACACAGAAACAUAUCUACUAUUACAGAAUCAGGAGUGAAAGUAAAAUAGAAAAA